AUGAUUGGAGAAGUUUUUAAGAAUUGGUUUAUUCGACUGUUGUCUGCGCUGGAAGAAGGGUCAAUUAUCGUGAUGGAUAACACCAGCUACCACUCCAUUCAGAUAAAAAACCUGCCACGUUCAAAUUGGCGCAAGGCAGAUAUUAUCCAGUGGUUAAAGAGAAAGAAUGUUUCAUUUUCAGUCGAUGAAACGGAGGCUGAACUCUUGUCUAAGGAAGAAAUCGCAGGUGCCAAAAAGACUUACGAAUUAGAUCAACUGGCAAACGAAAUGGCACACCAAGUGGUACGUCUACCACCAUAUCACUCCCAAUAUAAUCCCAUUGAAUUGGUAUGGGCCCAAGUAAAGCGAGAAGUAGCGAAAAGAAAUACUACUUUCAAACUUGCUGAUGUCGAGAAGCUAACACACGAAACUCUUGACAAUGUUACUCAGCAGGACUGA